UUCCUGUUUCGGCAAGGCAGCUGCGUAAAAGGCGAGAGAACCUCGAAGGGAAAUGCUGAGGGGCCCAGAGCCACGGACUGAGAUCACCCCACCCGAGACCAGAGCCGAGGUCUGCCCAGUAGCCGGGAUGCUUUCCUGAGCUGCUGGCGCUGCAGCCGGGGACCCGAGACCCGAGCAGCUAUUCCAGGAACGGGAAGCCAACACAACAGGUGCUCAGGAGGUCAUCAUGCUCAGCCCAGACCCCAGGCCUGCCCCUGGCUUGGCCCGGUGGGCUGAGAGCUACGAAGCCAAGUGCGAGCGCCGGCAGGAGACCCGUGAGAGCCGCCGCCGCCGCCCCAACGUGACCACUUGCCGCCAGGUGGGGAAGGCGCUGAGGACCCAGCAGAAGGAACAGUUCCAGGAAGCACGACAGCAGCAGUUUUUCAGACUGAGGCACCUGGAGGUGGAGGAGAAAGGCCAGGCAGAGCGCUCGCAGACCAGGCAGCCAGGUCCCUCCAGGGCAGGACAGGCACCUGACCUCAAGGAGCCCUUGCCUUGGGCCAACAGGAUCUCUUCCCCUGGACAGCAGGUGUCCGGGACCAGCGCCGAGGUCUUUCCAGCCCAGCGGCAUCCUCCCUCGGGUGCCCGGAGAGACUCUGCCGUCCAGAAGCUGCCCAAACAGCACCGCGGCACUCAGACGAAGGCAGAAGAAACACAGCCAACGACUAAGAACAAUGCCAGCCAGCAAACCAAUUACGGAGUUGCGGUCCUGGAUAAGGAAAUCAUCCAGCUUUCUGAGUACCUCAAAGAGGCCCUGCACAGGGAGCUGGUUCUGAAACAGAAGAUGGUGAUUCUCCAAGACCUGCUCUCCACUCUGAUUCAGGCUUCUGACAGUUCUUGGAAGGGCCAGCUUAAUGAAGACAAAUUGAAGGGCAAACUGAGAUCCUUAGAAAACCAGCUGUACACCUGUACCCAGAACUACUCCCCCAGGGGAAUGAAGAAGGUGAUAUUAGAGAUGGAAGACCAGAAACACAGCUAUGAGCAGAAGGCCAAGGAGUCACUGCAGAAAGUGCUGGAGGAGAAAAUGAGCGCAGAACAGCAGCUGCAGAGCACACAGCGGUCCCUGGCUCUGGCCGAGCAGAAGUGUGAAGAGUGGAGGAGCCAGUACGAGGCUCUGAAGGAGGACUGGAGGACCCUGGGGACCCAGCACAGAGAGCUGGAGAGCCAGCUUCACGUGCUUCAGUCCAAACUGCAGGGGGCAGACAGUAGAGACCUGCAGAUGAACCAGGCCCUGCGACUCUUGGAGAACGAGCACCAGGAGCUGCAGGCCAAGAUUGCGCGCCUGCAGGGGGACAGAGACCUGUGCAGCUCGGACACCCAGCACCUACAAGAUCAGCUACAGAAGUCAGAGGAAGAGAAACUCGCCCUGGUGACUAAAGUACAGCAGCUGCAGAAGACCUCUGUCACUAGGAAUGGUUCGGUAAAUAAGCUCACACUACAGAAGCCUCAGUCUGCUUCAAAACCACAUGCUGGGGCCAAAGAGGAAAGGGGACUUUUCAAAGGAAAGGAGGCAAUUUCUGAAAGGCUGGAGAAUCUGGCUCUAUCAAUGGCACAGCCAGUUGCCCACCACCCUAACUUCUGACACCCUGACUGAGAAGUCACGUCAGCAGCAGUGGAUGUGAGAACAAGGCAAGCACAGGGGAAGGACAAAGACCAGCAGAGGCUGGCCUCAUCCACUGCGGGAGCGGGAUGGGCAGGAAGUCACUUCAAAAUCACGCCUUUUGUUUAUUCCGAACAUACGGAGCCCUUGCCAGGUGCGAGGCACCACACACACACACACACACACACACACACACACACACACACACACACACACACACACACACACACACGUAAGGAAGAGAGCCCGCACGGCUUCCUCCCUAAUGAAGCCUACAUGCAACCUAAGCAGCCAGUACAGUGGAGUAUGGGGUUCCCAGGAACAAGGACCUGCAGGUAUUAAUAACAGCUACAGAGAAAAACCAAAGCAGGUUAAAGAGAGAAGCGCUGCUUUUUCACACAGGGUCAUCUAGGAAAGUCUUUCUUCUACGGUAAUUCUUAAGUGGACACUUAAAGAAAGACGUGGUAGGUGAGCUCCUGCUGCACAGCACAGGGACCCCCGUCUAAUCACCUGUGAUGGAACAGGAUGGAGGAUAAUGUGAGAGAAAGAAUGUAUAUACCACGUACAACUGGGUCACUCUGCUGUACCGCAGAAAAUGACAGAACAUUGUAAAUCAACUAUAAUGGAAAAAAUAAAGAAUCUUAAAAAAAGACAUGGUAGGGAGAAACAUAAGGAUGGCACAUUUGUAACAAAGCAGCACAAACUGGGUGACUUAAAGAACAAGCAUUUAUUUUCUCAUAGUCCUGGAGGCGAGAAGUCCAAAAUCCAGGGCCGGCGGUGUGGGGGGUGCUUCCUCCCGAGGGCUCCGGGGGAAGGGUCUGUUCUGGGCCACUUCCCCUGCGGACGGCUGUCUUCUCCCCUCUUCGCAUCUUCCAGCUAGCCACCUCUGCGCCCAAACUCUCCCUUCUCUGAGGAUGCCAGUCGUGUCAGGUUAGGACCCAUCCUAAUGCCCCAAUCCACCUCCUCCGUGGAGGACCCAUCUCCAAACAGGGUCACGUUUUGAAGGCCUAGGGGUUAGGACGACAACAUGUGAAUCGGGGAAGGGGGGGUGACAAUUCAGCCAACUAGAGGUGGGGACACGGUUAAGAAGUACGCUUUCAAGCAGAGUUCUGAAAAGACACUCUUCGCAGUCGACACGCCAGCACAGGCAAGCUCCUUGUGUUUCCCGACAGGUCUUCUUCAGAGUCAGUCCUUACAGCUCCAGGAACAGGAGAAACGCUUGACAAAGAAAGGUCAGCAAAUUUAUUUCCACAACUUCUGAGACAGUGCCCUUUCCUUGCCUUUCUAGAGGCCGUGGGAGGGGCCACAGGACCCCUUGGAGUCCCAUCCGCUUAUGAAGCUGUUGGGUCAGGGCGCUAAGGGAGUGUUUUAAGGACCCACCACUGGCUCGGAGAACACUUUAGCUAGUGAGCCUCCUAUCCUGAGAAGUAUAUAAACUUUGAAAAAGGAUUCCUACUCCCUCCAAAAAACGUGUCUGUGGAACAUUUCAAUAAAUGGAUUUUGAACUCAG